GAGCAAUCUGCUACAAUCAUGGCGUCCGUGACAUCCACGCAGACCGCUCACCCCUUCACUUGCAACACCUGUCAGGUUGCCUUCCGCUCCAGCGAUCUGCAACGCACGCACAUGCAGUCAGACUGGCAUCGCUACAACUUGAAACGUCGUGUUGCGUCUCUGCCUCCUCUGACAUCCGAAAUUUUUGCCGAAAAAGUACUUGCCAACAAAGCAACUGCUGCAGCGACGGCUGCCCGCGCCAGCUUCGAGAAGCGAUGUGAACCCUGCGAUAAAACAUACUUCAGCGAAGGCGCAUUCGUGAACCACCUGGGCAGCCAAAAGCACCGUAUUCAUGUUGCAAGAUAUACUGCACGAGGCGGUGGUGUGGAUGGAGCAGACACCGAUAGCAUGGCAGACUCCACAUUCACACUCGGCGAUAGCAUUGAAACCGUAAGCACUACUGCUAGUACAGCACAUGGCGAGGAAGAGACGGAAGAUGCUCUAGACCAGGUUGUGGGUGGCAUGAGCAGGACAAAUUUAGCUGAAGGCCCACAACAACAUACAUCUUCUCAGCCCGCCGGAGCAGAUGGCGAAGACGACGAUUACGAGCACCAAGCAGACCUCAAGCAAUGUCUCUUCUGCAAUUACAUCUCGCCAACCAUGGACCUCAACAUCAACCACAUGUCUCGACAGCAUGGCUUCUUCGUGCCUGAAAAGGAUUACCUGGUAGAUCUACCUGGUUUGAUAAAUUACCUCAGUGAGACGGUCUCUGUGCUGCACCAGUGCUUGCUGUGCCACAAACAGUUGCACACAACUUCCGGAAUUCAGACGCACAUGCGGGACAGAGGUCACUGUAUGAUCGCAUAUGGCACUGAAGAUGAGCAGAUGGACGUGGGCGAGUUCUACGACUUCCGUGCAACCUACUCUGACGAAGACAGCGGGACGGAGGACGAGGGAACGGGUGGAGGCGUUAAGCUUGGUGUAAAGAGAACUGCAAAAACUACCAUCGAGAACGCCAACGGUGAGGACGUUGAGAUGGACGACGAGGAAGGCUGGGAGAGCGAUGGCUCUCUUUCGUCUGUGCCAACGGACGAGAUUACUUCGGUCCCUGUCGAUCAGCCUGACAAAAAAUAUGAGCGACUAGGAGCGCAUCGACAUCACUCCCACACCGAUCCAAGACGUCAUAAGAACAGCGACGGUUUCCACUCUCACUCUCAUGGAGGUUCACAUGCGGUGUACCACGACGACUACGAGCUUCAUUUGCCUUCAGGACGUACCGCUGGUCACCGUAGCCUCAGGGCUUACUAUAGACAAAAUUUGCGUAACUACCCGUCUGCCGAAGAGCGUGAACAGCAGCGUAUGAUUGCUGACGGCCGUCAUGACUCGGAUGCUGAUGACGAGGAUGCUGACACGGAGACGAAUGGUCGCGAUGAUCGGCGUGGCAGGCAGGUGGCGACUCGUGCGAAUGGUGGCACUGGCAUGAUUGGAGUGAGCGAGGCCAAGAAGCGCGAGGUACGGGCAGUGGAAAAGCGAGACGCCAAACGGGCUCAGCGAGCACAAGCACGAUACCAGUGGGGUAACGACAGGAGAGGAAACAUGCAGAAACAUUUCCGCGAUCCUUUGCUGCAGUAGUCUAUUGUCAAGG